CGGGUUGUGCUCCUCUCCCCUGCGGAUGUCCCGCCUGCGUGUUACACACUUACACCUCUACCCAGUUGCCCGAUCACAACACCACAGAAGGCAGGGAGUAAAAUGCUUUCUAUGAGAAUUUCUGAUGCCAAGACUCUUUUGAAGACUUACUUUGUUGCAUGGCUUAAAGGCAGAUGAUAUUGUUAAUGAAUUCUGAGCAUCCUUCAGGAGACUGGUGACCCUUCUGUCAUUGAUGUAGGCUGUCAUGGACAACUUCAAAUGCUCUUUUCCAAAGCACCACAAGCAGUUAAUGCACCUUAUAAAGGACUCCUGACUUUUUGAUUCUUCCUAAGUCAAAUCUAGAUGUCACCAGUGUUUCCCAUGUUAACAGUUCUGAGCAUGUUUUACUAUAUGUGCCUUCGGCGCCGAGCUAGGACAGCGACGAGAGGAGAAAUGAACAGUCGGAGGGCGAUUGAAUCAAACACCCGAGCCUUACCUAUCAAUGUUGAAAUAGUUCAGUAUGCCAAAGAAGUGUUGGAUUUCAGCUCUCACUAUGGCAGUGAAAACAGCAUGUCAUAUACCAUGUGGAAUUUAGCAGGUAUUCCAAAUGUGUACCCUAGUUCUGGUGACUUUACUCAGACUGCUGUCUUUCGAACUUAUGGGACCUGGUGGGAUCGUUGCCCCAGCGCUCGGCUGCCGUUCAAGAGGACACCAUCCACCUUCUGUAGCCAAGACUACGUGGAACUUGCUUUUGAAGAACCAGUUUAUCCCACUGCAGUGCACAUUCUGGAAACCUAUCAUCCUGGAGCUGUAGUCAGGAUUUUAGCAUGCUCUGCAAAUCCUUACUCUCAAAAUCCACCAGCUGAAGUAAGGCCUUUUGGCAAGUUUGGAAGAGCUGAAGACCUAAGGAAUGUAAGACUUGAUUCUUCCAGAUUACUGAGUUGGAGACAGGUUUCCCUGUCACUUACUGGAGGAAAUCUGAGAUGGGAAAUACUUUGGUCUGAGGCACCUACAAAGGUGAAUGGUCCUCAGGCUCGGCAGUUCACACCUUGUAUCAAACAGAUAAACUUUCCUACAAACUUAAUCCGACUGGAAGUGAACAGCUCUCUUCUGGACUAUUACACUGAAUUGGAUGCAGUAGUGCUACAUGGUGUGAAAGAGAGACCUGUGCUUUCACUAAAGACUUCAAUGAUUGAUAUGAAUGAUAUAGAUGAAGAUGAGGAUGAAGAAAAGUAUGGCUGUGGAAUGGACACCCUUAAUAAGCAGUUCAGCAUCGUUACCCUCAGGGAAUGGCCGACUAACGGAUAUUUUGAUAAACUGCCUUAUGAGCUCAUCCAGUUGAUUUUGAGUCACCUUACAGUACCAGACCUGUGUAGACUAGCACAAACUUGUAAGCUACUCUAUCAACAUUGCUGUGAUCCUCUACAGUACAUUCAUCUCAGUUUACAACCUUACUGGGCAAGGAUUAAUGACACAUCUCUGGAAUACCUACAGUCUCGCUGCACUCUCAUCCAAUGGCUGAAUUUAUCUUGGACUGGAAACAGGGGAGCCAUCUCUGUUUCUGGAUUUAGCAGGUUCUUGAAAGUUUGUGGCUCUGAACUAGUACGUCUUGAAUUGUCUUGUGGCCAUUUCCUCAAUGAAGCGUGCUUGGAGGUCAUCACUGAAAUGUGUCCAAAUCUUCAGGAAUUAAAUCUCUCAUCAUGUGAUAAAAUACCACCUCAGGCUUUCAACCAUAUAGCCAAAGUGGGCAGCCUAAAGCGUCUCAUUCUCUACAGAACGAAAGUGGAGCAAACAGCCCUGCUCAGUAUUCUGAACUUCUGCUCGGAGCUGCAACACCUCAGCCUGGGCAGCUGUGUCAUGAUUGAAGAUUAUGACCUUAUAGCAAGCAUGAUGGGAGCAAAAUGCAAAAAGCUUCGCAGUCUGGAUUUGUGGAGAUGUAAAAACAUAACUGAAAGUGGAAUCGCAGAAUUGGCUUCAGGCUGCCAGCUUUUGGAAGAACUUGAUCUUGGUUGGUGCCCUACGUUACAGAGCAGCACAGGCUGCUUCACGAACCUUGCACGUAAACUCCCAAACUUGCAAAAGCUCUUCCUUACGGCCAACAGGUCUGUGUGUGACACAGACAUCGAGGAGCUUGCUGCUAACUGUACACAUUUACGGCAGCUGGAUAUAUUGGGGACGAGGAUGGUGAGCCCCGCAUCUUUAAGAAAAUUGCUGGAGUCUUGUAAAGAUCUUUCUUUACUCGAUGUGUCCUUCUGUUCACAGAUCGAUAACAGAGUUGUGCUAGAACUGAAUGCCAGCUUUCCUAAUGUGUUCAUAAAAAAAAGUUUCACCCAGUGACUCCCUACAUAUGCUGCUGUGGAACUCAUUUGACAGAGUUGUUUCCUGUAAAUUUGCGCUGACUUUUUUAAAGAAGAAUAUAAAUCUGCUGUGAAAUAGUGGAAACUAUUAAUUAUCUAUACAAAUGGGUAAAAUACAUUAAAAUGUAUUAUGUUUCUUAAAGAGUUGAUAAUGUACCUAAGAAUUAUUUUACUCUGUGUUAAUAAUUGCAUGUUUUUAAAUACCAGCCAUAUGUUUGGCUUUAAUGAAAAGCAAAUGAAUGUCUUCUUAAAUGUCCCUUCAAAGGGUGUUACACACAGUAAACUAUGUUAAUAUCCAGGUGAAAGCAUACGUUCAAUAUUGAGCAGUAAGGAGAAUAUGGGUGCUUCCUUCUUAUGUGUUUGUGUGUGUAUAUAUAAAUGUAUACAGAUGUAUUUGUAUAUACAUACACAGAUAUUGUAGCAUUCUAGUUUGGCCUGCAGCAUAAGAUGCUGUGAUCUGGCCUAUAAUUAGUUAUUUGUUUUUGAAGCUGUUUAAGCUUGUAUAGGAACAGAUCAAAAAGGCACUUUGUCCUCUUCAGUUGUUUGGCAGUGAUCUGUAUCUGAUACGUUUUUCUCCCUUCCUCCGCCUGAAAUAGAUGUAGUGAUGUUUUACAGUCCAGCCUAAGCGACACAACAGAUAAAUGCAAGAACCUGAACCUCCUGAACUUAGAGCAGAAGCAAAAGAGAAAAUUGCCAUCUCUUUCUUGGUAUCGAUAUAAAAAGUUUGAGCCAGGUACUUAAUGUUGUAGCUGGUAAUGUGUAGAAAACUCCAGCGUAGUUUUUCAAAUUUCUGACGUGGUCAAGACUUGAUUUGUGAUACAUCUGAUUAUUGUGCAGAGUACCAUGAAAAGUAGAAUUUACGGUAAUGUGUUAGCAACUGUCCCUUACACUGGCAUCAAAUUUACUACCAAGAGUGAAAACAAGCAUCAUUGUUCAGUAAAACAGCAAUGGAAAUGUAACGGAUUUGAAACGGGCAAUGUUGAUCUGGUGAUUUUUUAAUCACCAAACCUCAGUGUUGGAUUUGUUUUGUUUGGGGUUUUUUUUGUUUUGUUUUGUUUUUUGAAGAGAUGGUAGCUCAAAGUACUAUUGCACUCUCUCUUUAGCACUGCUUAGCCUCUGGAGAAGGAAAACUGUUGGUGGACAAUUUCUGAAAGUUUCUUCCUUUUGCACUUUCUUGGAUGAAGCUUUUCACUUUUUUUUUUCUUUGAAUAGCACCACUAGAAUAUGUCACUAUGUACAGCUUGAGUUUAGAAUUUUGCCUUUUUGGCCAUUGUUGAUGAAUAUGGACCAUGAAAUAUAGCCUGUCAUUUGAUAUUGGCUCUAUUAUCCUUGUAUUGAUGGCAUUUAUUGCCUACUGGACUAAGAAGAAAAAUACUUUGUCUGGCAGAAGUACAUUAUUGUACUGAAGAUCAGUUGCAAAGAACACUUCAUUCAUGCAGUAAAUAACCAAACUGCUACUAGAGGACUGCUAUGAAUCAUUAAAAAUCUGACAAUCUCUCUGACUCCUGAAUGACUGCUUUGAUCUCUUUGUGCUGGUGCCAAUACUUUAGAGACCAUGUCAUGAAACAGCUACAGAACAUUUAUCUGAUUUUAUUGAAAGACCUGUUUCUUCAAAUUUUUAAAUUUUGCUGACUCUUUGGGGAAUUCCAGAUCCAAAGAAGGACAUGCACAGUUGGCUUUUUGAUUUUUUCCUCCUCACAGAUGGCACUAUGGGAUUUCCAACUGGAUUAUACCAUUCCAUUUUUUUUUCCUUUAGAAAUCUAGGCGUUGUCAGAGAACUUUAGAUUGAUUUACUUUUCUUCCACACUGAAAGAUGUCAACUUUGGUAUGAUUCUGUGUGAGACCUCAUUUCUUUCAAUUAUGUUUGGGUUCAUUUAUUGUUCUUGGAACUUUUAAACUUUUUUUAUCUAUAAGUAAUAUAUUUCAUUGUAAUUGAAUAUUAAAUGUUAUUAUUCUAGUUAUAGGAGAACACAAGUUCAGAUAAUGGGAGUUUACAAAGAACAGUGUUUCCAAACAAAUGUUUUUGUUGUAAAAUUUCACUUCUCAGGGGUGCAUCUAUGUUUAUCUCCUUUUUUUCUGAAGAGAUCCUUUUUGUUUGUUUUUCACUGUAAAUAGAAUGGGGUGC